AGGUUAAAAUGAUGAACCAGACACCUUAUCGGUAGCAACAGCUCAUGGUCCUCCUGGAAUCAGAAGUUUUUUCUUGACUCAAUGGAGGAACGUAGUCGGAGAAAUGCUGAUGAAUGUCUUGCUCGAGCUGUGUAUGCAACUGGGUUCACCUCUGAUGCACACAGGCAAUGUGUAUUGGAAGAGAUUUCUGAAUGUUCUUUGCCCAGCAUACACCCCUCCAACCAGACCUGCUUUAUCUACUCAUUUGCUGGAUGCAGAGUUCAACAGAGUUCAAGUGAAGGUCAAGCAAAGCAGACUGUAUUGCAAUCAUCUCUGAUGGGUGGUUGAAUGUUCGUGGGCAAGGAAUAAUUAACUACAUCUCCACCCCUCAACCAGUAUUCUACAAGAGCACAGCAGACACAAGGGACAACAGACACACCAGUCUCUACAUUGCAGAUGAGCUGAAGGCAGUCAUCAAUGACCUUGGACCACAGAAGGUAUUUGCACUGGUGACAGACAAUACUGCAAACAUGAAGGCUGUUUGGUCUAAAGUGGAGGAGUCCUACCCUCAGAUCACACCAUUGGCUGUGCUGCUAAUGCAUUGAAUCUGUUCCUCAAGGACAUCAUGGCACUGAACACAAUGGAUACACUCUACAGGAGAGACAAGGAAAUGGUAAGGUAUGUGAAGGGUUGUCAAAUUAUAGCAGCAAUCUACCUCACCAAGCAAAGUGAGAAAAAUAAGAGCACCACAUUGAAGCUGCCCAGCAACACCCAUUGGAGUGGUGUUGUCAUCAUGUUUCACAGUCUCCUGGAGGAGAAGGAGUCUCUCCAAGAAAUGGCCAUAUCAGUCUGUCGUUAUGGACAGCCCCAUCAAGAAGAUCCUCCUGCAUUAUGUAUUUUGGGAGAGAGUGGUAAGCAGCCUGAAACUCCUGAACCCUACAGCAGUAGCCAUUGCAUGGAUUGAGGGAGACAAUGCCAUCUUGUCAGCUGUUCAGACUCUGCUUGCAGAUGUAAGAGAAGAAAUCCAUACUGCCCUGCCCAUUUCACUGUUGCUCCAAGCAGAGUAAACUGCUGUUCUGAAAUGCAUCAAAAAGCAUGAAUACUUCUGCCUGAAGCCCAUACACGCCACAGUGUACAUGUUGGACCCCAAGUAUGCUGGCAAGGGCAUCCUGUCUGGUGCAGAGAUCAACGAGGCCUAUGGUGUCAUCACUACCGUGUCUCGCCACCUUGACCUGGAUGAGGGCAAGGUUCUUGGCAGUCUGGCGAAGUACACUUCCAAGCAAGGGCUUUGGGAUGGAGAUGCAAUAUGGCAGUCAUGCCAACAUAUUUCAUCAGCCACUUGAUGGAAGGGACUUUGUAGAUCUGAGGCUCUUUCCCCGGAGGAUCAUCCUCCAAAUCCCACCAACAUCAGCCGCCUCAGAGCCCAACUGGUCCUUGUUUGGGAACACGCACACCAAAGCACGCAACAGGCUGACCAAUACAACGGUUGAGAAAUUGGUGGCAAUCCGGGCAAAUAUGAGGGUUUUUGAGCCUGACAACGAGCCAUCCUCAACAAGGUUGGAAAGUGACAGUGAAGAUGAGGCCUCAGUCUGACGUAUAAGGGGUUGACAUUGAGGAGGUCCAGGGAGAAGUCAUGGAAGACAACCAAAGCUUUAGUUUCUAGACAAUCAUUUUACAGAUGUAUGUUAAAAACAUUUUUGGGAGAUGCUAUGGAUCAUUGGGGAUCAUUCAAUAUUCCCUUUUGUUGUUCAGUGAAAUCAUCCCAUGUGAAGAGUCAACUCGUUUAAAGUUCAAUUCGUAACUAAAUAGUUUUGUUUUUUUCUAUUGGAAGGAUUUAAUCAUAUGCAAUUGUCUACUUAUGAUAAGGCAAAAGGGUUGUUUUUCUCCAUAUGGUAAAUAUGUCCAAUGCAAAAAAACAAUUACAUUUAAAUGGUAUUAAUAUGAAUUCCCAUAUAUUCCCGUUAUUUCCCACGGAAAGUUUCCACCUCCUAAAUGUGCAACCCGAAUGAGAACCUUUUUGUUGUGAUAAUAGUAUUUGCUCGAUAACCCACAAACUCCACUCUGAACCUUCAAAGCCAGUUCUACUGCUUUGUUUCAUUGUUCCUCCUCUCAGCAGGGAUUGAUUUAGACCUGCCACACCAGGUUGGUGCAAUGAUCAGGCAAAACAGAAAACCAGCAGGCUCCAGACCUCGUAGGAGUUGAACAUGGAGUACAACCCCUCUGACCAUCCUCGUGCCAGCACUAUAUUCCUCAGUAAAUCUCAGCCGGAUGUGGAGUUGCCUAGCAAGAAUGUGCGUGAAAAAAGAAAGAGCCUCUUCAUCAAUCAUCAUGGAUCAAGGAGACAAAAACACAGCUCCUGUUCCACCAUCUUCCUAGAUGACAACACUGUUAGUCAGCCCAACCUUAAAUUCACCAUCAAAUGUGUAUCCCUUGCAAUAUAUUACCAUAUAAAGAACAGGUACACAGAUGGAGGAAUGCAGCAAGACAUUUUUGACGAGAAGCUUCACCCUCUCUCGAAAUCCGAAGUGCCGUCUGACUAUGACAAACACAACCCAGAGCAGAAGCAGAUCUACCGCUUCGUCCGGACGCUGUUCAGCGCUGCUCAGCUCACUGCAGAAUGUGCCAUUGUUACACUGGUGUACGUUGAGAGGCUGCUGACGUAUGCAGACAUAGACAUUGGCCCAGGGAACUGGAAGCGUAUGUUGCUGGGAGCCAUUCUGCUGGCAUCUAAAGUCUGGGACGAUCAGGCUGUGUGGAACGUAGACUACUGCCAGAUCCUCAAAGACAUCACCGUGGAGGACAUGAACGAGCUGGAGCGUCAGUUUCUGGAGCUUCUUCAGUUCAACAUCAACGUUCCGUCUAGUGUUUAUGCCAAGUACUACUUUGACCUGCGCUCACUGUCAGAGACCAACAACCUGAGCUUCCCUCUGGAGCCCCUGAGCCAGGACAAAGCCCAGCGACUAGAGGCGAUCUCGAGGUUGUGUGACGACAAGUACAAAGAUGCCAGGAGAGCUGGCAAGAAGCGCUCUGCGAGCGUGGACAACCUGGUCGGAGUGCGAUGGGUCCCUGCCAUCCUCUCCUAACAACCAGGAACAUAGACCAGACCUGAGACAGGGCCUCUGGCCAGCAUGGGGACAACCAGUCUUUUACCGAGCAAAAUUCUAGUAACUUUCCAAAAAAUCUCAGAUUUUCUAGAAAUCCUGCUUGGAAGAUUCCCGGAAUCAGCAGGACAUCUAGAAUCCUCCGAUCUGGAUUUCUGGAAAACCUGAGAAUUUGAGGAAAGUUAUCGGAAUUCUGCUCCCCUAACUUAGACAGACUUUGUCCUCAUCACAGAUAGAUGCCUUUGCAGUGCCGCUGCUCCUGUAACACAGAAGGAAGAACUCACAGGACUGGUACUUCACUAACUGUUAAGAAAAAGAAAGCUUCUUUGUGAUAUAACAUGAAGAUUUGACUGUUUGGAGAGCUCAUGACAUCAUAGCUUCCUGUUGACAGAAGUAGCCAGAUGAUCACCGCGGCAACAUGAGCUUUAUGCAUUGAAGCAGCAAACCAAGAUAGAAGUGGUCAGAAAACAAAAUGUCAAUGUCAUUUGACCUCUUACCCUGGAUCAUGCCAAACGAAAAGGGACUGAAACGAGGAGGGACGACCUGAAAUUGUCCAAUAAGAAACGUGUGUUUUCAAUGCCGUUGCAAAACGCUUUGCUACAGUGUCCACUAAUGAAUACGACCAUGGGUCUGGACUAUCCAACCUGGCAUGACAGGACAGAUGGUUGCCUUUAAAGACGGUUCUGUGGCUUUUGGUGAACAGAUUUUUAUUUAUUUUGUAUUCAUAGUUGUUUUUGCUACUAAGUGCUACAGCCAACCAAACCCAGGUACAAUACUUGAUCAGAUAAAAUAGCCUUCUAGCUGUGCAGGCGUUUCUACUUGAUCUACAUACACAUUCCAGAAUCAUUUAGUUCUUAACGAACACAAUUAUUUUGUAAAUGUUCAAACAAGUUGGCUAUAAUUAAAACCUUUCCACUAGUGUACAGUUACUGUGCCUCCCAAUACCUAGAAUGUUGUAUUCAAAUCUGCAGCUAAAAUCCGAAUUGAAAGCUUUUGGAGAUAUGUGAGUGAUUUUCAGCUACUGUGAAUGUGUCAUCCACAGGAUUCAAAGUAGGUUAUGUUGACAAGAAAGCAACCAAUGAAAGGAUAGAAAUGGGUUAUCAUACUUGAUACACUGUAGAGCAUGACUUGUGUUUUUUGUCUCAGAACUCUGGAUGUUUUAAGCUACAAUGUUUUUUUUAAGAACAAAAACCUGAACCCUGAGCCAACUUAUAUAUAACAUGGCUCCUUCAAACUUUAUACAGAUUCAUUUAGUCUUUUAAGCAAUUAUUUUUGAUUAAAAUAUUAUUGUUAAAUUCCUGAUGAUCAACUUUUAUUUGUGUUUUAUCAUUUGUCAAGAAGACCCCUGACAACUGGAGCACUAGAAUUUAAUUAUUUUGCUAAUCAACUUUCUACAGUGUGUAAACAAGUAUUAAAGUGAUGAUGAGAUCAUUAACUUAAUUGUUAAAUAUUUAUAUUGAGGUGUUGAUCCAUGUUUAUACUAAAAGAAAAUUCCCUUGUUCCCUUAUUUUGUGUUUUUUUUUGUACAUUUUAAACAGGCUACAAAUAAAUCUCAGAGGAUAACA